AUGAAUCUCAGUGGCACGAUUAAUGUUCUGCGACUCUUGGUUAACCCAAAAUUGUGUAUCCCGCAAACCACAAUUGAGAACUUCGGUCAACUCCCGAUACCGGUCGGACCCUCUAUAAAAGCCGUGGUACUCGACAAGGACAACUGUUUCGCGUAUCCGCACACGAAUACGGUGUGGUCGGACUAUGAGAAAACGUGGGGUGAACUGAGGAAACAGUAUCCUGGUGCGUCUUUAUUGAUCGUGAGCAAUAGUGCCGGAAGCAAUGACGACGCAGGCGGGAAAGAGGCUGCCAUUUUGGAAAAAACUUUGGGAAUACCUGUCCUGCGUCAUGCAGUCAAGAAACCCGGGUGUCGCGACGAAAUUUUACAGCAUUUCUCACAACACAGUAUAACUGAUGAUCCAAAGGAAAUCGCUGUGGUUGGAGAUCGGCUUUUCACCGAUAUUAUCAUGGCCAAUUUGAUGGGAAGUCACGGUGUGUGGGUUCGCGAAGGUGUCAAACCUCCUUCGGGACCACUGACUUUUCUAGAGCGCAAAUUGUAUGAAUGGAUGAGUUAA